AUGUCAGCCAUGGCCCCUGACCGAGAGCCGGUGCAAGAUGCACCGCUCAUCCUUGAGUCUUCCGCACAUCACGAUCAUCACGCUGCCCCGUGGCAUUGGCGCUGGCACGAGCCGUUUCUGGGCAAGACCCGGAAGGAACUGCAAAGGGCUCAGGAGGAGACGUGCCGCCUGAAAAGGGAAGUGGAGAACCUUCGAAAAGGGAUGGCCCGGCUUCAAGACCAGCUUGAGAGAGAGCAAGCAGCCCUGAGAGCUGCCCAAAUUAUCAAAGACGUGACCGAAGCACAGGCCUGGCCCAGGAUUCAAGACCUCAAAAGUAUGCUCACAGCUGCUGAACGUGCCGCUGGCGCUGCGCAGUAUGCUGCUGCAUGUGCGAAGCAGGAAAACCAGUGCCUUAGAGCAGAGUUCACUGCUCGGUUGGAAGAAGCCAAUGCAGCAAGAGGAGCGGAGCAAGCAAAGUUGCAAAGGCUGGCAGCAGAGCUGGAAGAGUUGCUCAGCACAGAAGACAAAUCCAAGCGUGGAGCGCCUCCGGACCAUGGACAAAUAGCCCUUCGAACGUCAACCAUCGAGACUGCCGCUAUGCCCGAUGCAGCCAAAAGGGUCGAGGACGCGAAUGCGCAAGAGGCGGGAAAGAAUGCUACGGCAAGCGCAGAGCAAGAAAAAACAGUACUAAAAGAAGAACUUUCUCAUCUCCAAGAAGCAAGAACCAACGCAGUGAGAGAAGUUGAGGAAAUGAAUAUGAAUGUACAAGAUGCAAAUCGAAGAGUGGAAGAGCUGACUGACAGGCUCGCUGAAGCAGAACGGGCUGCUGGUGCAGCACAAAAUGCUGUGGCAAGUGCAGAGCAAGAAAACAAAUGUCUAAGAGAAAAGCUUGCUGCCCGUAUCGAAGAAGCAAACGCUGGGAGAAAGGUUGAGAGAAGAAAUGCACAAGAGGCACAUCGACGAGUUCAAGAGCCCGCUCCCAUGCUUUUUGUGGCAGAGCCUGCCGCUGGAGAAGCAGAGUUUGCUUCAAGUGUGCAGCAAUACAACGAACGUCUCCAACCGGAUUUUUCUCAAGUGCAAGAAGGCAAUGCAGCCAAGAAGGUGGAAGAAGCAAGGGUGCAAAAAGUGGACAGAGAGCUGACAAUUCUGGGCGCAGCACAUGAUACCAUAGGAGCAGAAUUUAAAUUGGCCAGAACACCAGCAGAGGCAGACUGGUUGCCUCGUUGGUCCCAGUUCCUCCAUUCCAGGCGUGUCGUUCCGGCCAAGGAAGUCAUAAACACAUCAGCCCUACCCACACCAGCACGCGGUAGGCAUUGCACUUGCCAGCAGUGCCUCAGCGAAAGGCAUGAUCACAUGCCAGGCAUGCAAGUCUUGCAGGCUUUGCCCUCAGGGCCAGAUAGCGCCGUAACAAGUGCGCACGAAGAUGAUUCUUAA